UUCGGAUGUGAUGAUGGCAAUAAAGCACCCAGCGGACCGUUUUUUUCCAGACGAUCUUUUGGGUUCACUGCUGGAAUAGAGAUGACCGCCAACGGGUAGACGAGCAGAGUUUUCCUUGACUGAGUUUCACAUUUGACAUACUGACGAGACUUCCAUAACAACCUAUUCACUUUGUAAACCGCUGAGGAGCCAUUUCCUUCUGUUGUCUACAAGGCCUUGGGCCUCACUGGUCUAAAAGCAAUGGUACUUAUUCUGGGCAGAAGACUGAAUCGGGAGGACUCUGGAGUCCGUGAAUCCCCAGCAGUCAAGCGAAAGGUUCUGGAGAUGGACAACAAGUCCCUUAGCAAUCAUGAUGUGUUUGACUUCUCCUCCGGGCCGUGCCACUCCGAGAGCAUUCUGCAAAUGUUCAACGAGUUCCGUGAUGGCCGACUGUUCACCGACGUGGUGAUCAGCGUGGAGGGUCGCGAGUUCCCUUGUCACCGCGCCGUGUUGUCAGCUUGCAGUAGCUACUUCCGUGCAAUGUUCUGCAAUGACCACCGGGAGAGCCGUGAGAUGUUAGUAGAGAUUAACGGCAUCCGUGCCGAAGCCAUGGACACCUUCCUGCAAUACGUCUACACCGGACGUGCCCGCAUCACUACAGAUAAUGUGCAGUUCCUCUUCGAAACCUCCAGCCUUUUCCAGAUCAGCACUUUGCGUGAUGCCUGUGCCAAGUUCUUGGAAGAUCAGCUUGAUCCGUGCAACUGCCUGGGCAUUCAGCGUUUCGCUGAUGCGCACUCCCUCAAGCAACUGGCCAGCCGCUGCCGCUCUUAUGCACUACAGAGCUUUACCGAUGUGGCCCAGCAUGAAGAAUUCUUGGACUUGCGUAAGGAAGAACUGGAGGAGUACAUUGCUAGCGACGAGCUAGUCAUUGGAAAGGAGGAGACGGUGUUUGAGGCAGUCAUGCGUUGGGUGUACUAUGAUGUAGACCACCGCCGAAUCAUGCUUAGAGACCUUCUCAUCCACGUCCGCCUACCCCUGCUGCAUCCGAAUUAUUUCGUGCAGACAGUAGAAGGUGACCAGCUGAUCCAAAAUGCUCCAGAGUGCUAUCAGCUUCUACAUGAAGCCAGACGCUAUCAUGUGUUGGGCAACGAAAUGAUGUCACCUAGAACCCGUCCACGCAGGUCUACUGGAUUCUCAGAAGUCAUUGUGGUAGUCGGAGGGUGCGAGAGGAUGGGGGGUUUCAACCUUCCAUAUACUGAAUGCUACGAUCCUGUAACCGGGGAAUGGAAAUCCUUAGCCAAACUCCCAGAGUUUACCAAGUCAGAAUAUGCCGUGUGUGCCCUCAGGAAUGACAUUCUGGUCUCAGGUGGUAGAAUCAACAGCAGGGAUGUCUGGAUGUACAACUCCCAGCUCAACAUCUGGAUCAGGGUUGCCUCCUUGAACAAGGGCCGCUGGAGACACAAAAUGGCAGUUUUGUUGGGAAAGGUGUAUGCCGUUGGUGGAUACGACGGUCAGUCGCGACUAAGCAGCGUCGAAUGCUACGACUCUUUCUCAAACCGCUGGACAGAGGUGGCACCCAUGAAGGAGGCCGUCAGCUCGCCAGCCGUCGCCAGCUGUGUCAACAAGCUGUUUGUGAUUGGAGGAGGACCUGACGACAACACAUGCUCAGAUAAGGUUCAGUGUUAUGACCCGGAGUCUGACACGUGGUUGCUGAGGGCCAACAUCCCCAUUGCUAAGCGCUGCAUCACGGCCGUGUCACUGAACAAUCUCAUCUAUGUUUCUGGAGGCCUGACCAAAUCUAUCUACUGCUAUGACCCCACUGAAGAUUACUGGAUGCAUGUAGUUCACACGUUCAGCAAACAGGAAAGUUGCGGUAUGUCGGUAUGUAACGGAAAGAUCUUUAUCCUGGGUGGACGUGGUGAAAACGGCGAGGCGUCAGACACCAUCCUGUGCUACGACCCGUCCACCGGCAUCAUCACGGGCGUGGCCGCCAUGCCCCGCCCCAUUUCUUACCACGGCUGCGUCACCAUCCACCGCUACAAUGAGAAGUUCUACCACUCAUGACAUCAAAAAGCACACUCACACAGGGAGAUGGAUAAACUGAGCCUUGCUGUAGAUAAUGUAGCAUUACGAUAGGUAAGGUGAGUCCCAAACCCCUCAAGACCAGUCAGUUAAACUGACAACUACACAAUAACUCAUUUCAGUGUACAGUAUAAACAUUAAUGUACUCACCCUCAUGUCGAUCAAAACCCAUAUCACCUUUCUUCUAAACAAAACAAAAGAAGAUAUUUAGUGUCAGUACAAUGAAAGUCAAUGGGGUCCAAAACAAAAUUAGACCAACUGAUUUUCAUUAUGAUGUUUUUUAACAAUCUUCCUUCUACCAGCCUAAUAGACAAAUACAGAUUGUGUAUGAAUUUGCAUAUUUCCAAAUCCGUUACCCAAAUACUUCUAAACUGAUUGACAGCUGUUUCUUGAGCUGGUCUCUGCUUUCUUAACCUCACUUUGUUGAUUAAGCAUCUUUAAUUGUGAUUUGUUUUUUUGUUUUUUCAAUUCAUUACUAUUAUUGCAUUCUCUAUUAUAUUUUACUGUAUGGUGUAAGUGGUUGUUUUGAGUGGGUGAAUGAUGUGAUUAUUUGUGUCUGGUGGAUAAAGUGUUCUAAAAGUGUGUAUAUAAGUGUGUUUGAAAAAAUUCAGCUGGAUGUGUGUGUGAGAUAAACAGUAAAUGGUAAACGGUUCACAAAUAUCCAUCAGGCACCGAAAUUUAUUGCAUUUCUUUUAAUAUUUCUUUACGUAUGCAUGUAUGUAUUUGGGUGAUAUUAACUGUUUUCUGUAUUUUGUAGUAGAAAUUGCGGCUAUUGUGACAUUUAAUGAAAAAUUGUGUGUUUAUUGUGCUUUUAUAGUAAUGUCAUCCAUAGGGAGCGUUACUAUGUCGAUUAGCCUCUGUAUUAUUACUCCGUAUCAGUAAGUAACAUCUUGCAUAUCGUGUAGAAUACAAGCAGUGAUCUCUUGUUUAUAAGUUAAUCAUGUUAUGUUCUUUCACUUUUUUUUAAGUUAUUUAUUCUUUAUAGAUCUCUGAAAGCCCCAACAAGGCACUUAAGUCAAUAUAUCGCAGUGUCCCGGAUGUAAAUAUGAGUUUGAUGAUCCUUCUUCAGGUUUACUGUAUCAGUAAGUGUUUGCAAUGGUGAUGCAUCAGGCCAAAAGGCCAGUUCACACUUUAAGCUUCCAUAACACUCUCCCUUUUUCUGUUCUCACAAUAAUUUGAGCUCAGUAUUGGUGUGUACAGUGCAGUGACGUAGUAGCAAAAGAUUGUGUUUGUGCACCAGGAAGCAGUGAUGUCAACUCUGCUGCCUGCUUUUGGUUAGUAGGAUUGUUUCGUUUUUUAAGCUGCAAGACCAGAACAAUUGAGGAUACACAUUGUUCGUUUUACUCUGGGAAUUGUACAAUGCAAGACCCUGCACACAUUAUGCACAUGACACAACAUGGCCUUUCUGUAACCUUUUUUGAGUGUAGCUUUCUUGGUGUGUACUUUUAUGAAUGUACGUUUGUGUAAAUAACUGGUGUGAGUUUGAUGUCUUUUUGCUAUAUAGGCUUGUUUUUUUUUCUGAUAACUUUCAGUUGCUAAAAGCCAUAGACAGACUGAGUGUUUGGGUUUUUUUUUAAUUUUACAAAUGUUUCUUUUUGAAUGAGCCCUUAUACACUUUAAGGUAUUGAAUUAUCUGUGCAUGCCAAAAACUAUUUAACUAGUAUGUCAAAAAAAUUACUUGUUGUUAUGGCAAGGAUGCGCUAUAGCGCUAAUUAGUGAUGGUGUGCCAACUUGAGAAAAUAUUACUUAAGUGCAUUAAAAUAAAUUACUGUUUUUGAUACACAUUUGACAACUAGCCAAAGAUGUGUGAUUGGUCUUGUCUGUGUUAAUUCUAGUACAAUAUUGUAAAAGAAACCGCAAGCCUUUUGUGUCAAUUUUAUGUGUAAAACUGUCGCUAAAAUUUUCGGAGUAACUGAAAUGUACGAGUGCUUAAUGUGGUGUACAUGCAUACCUUUCUUCAAUAAAGCUAUUUUAGUAUGGA